CCUUUUUCUGUCGCUCUUAGAUGACGUCACAUGGGCGGUACUUCAACGUACGUCCAACAUUAGCGGCCUGCUGCCAAUUUAGCGCCGUAAUUUUUUCCCCCCACUUUGGUGUAGGAUUUAUCGCGACACCAUGAAACUAGUCAGGUUUUUGAUGAAGCUCAGCCACGAGACGGUCACCAUCGAACUGAAGAACGGCACACAAGUCCACGGAACCAUCACAGGUGUUGACGUGAGCAUGAACACGCACCUGAAGGCGGUGAAGAUGACGCUGAAGAAUCGGGAGCCCACCCAGCUGGAGUCGCUGAGCAUCCGCGGCAACAACAUCCGCUACUUCAUCCUCCCCGACAGCCUGCCGCUGGACACGCUGCUGGUGGACAUCGAGCCCAAGAUCAAGUCCAAGAAGAGGGAAGCGGUGGCCGGCAGAGGACGGGGCAGAGGGAGAGGACGCGGCAGAGGACGGGGACGAGGACGAGGAGGUCCCAGGAGAUGAUUGCCACUCUGGAGGAUCACUGCUCACCUGCUCUGUUUUUGUACAGGAUUUUUUUUCUCUCUUCUUGUUCCUUAUUUUGUACAUUAAAAUGCUCCUCGAUGAGGGCAUGAUCUGA